CAGAGAUGGGGCCUCAACGUGUCAGUAGAUGAGGCAGCCUCAGAGCCCGCCCCGUUCCAGCGUGCGCCGCGGCUGUGCUGUGCCCGGCUGCUCUCGCCAUUGCACUGGGAUGGCGCAGAGGGGCCGGAUGGCCCUGUCACCGCCAUGUGCUGUGCCCGGGGUAGGGACAGGCGCCGUGACCGGGCCGAGGCCGCAUACGUGUCCUGCCCGCGGUGCUGGUGGGAUCCUCCACGCCGUGAUGCCGCGUCCUGGCGUGCUUUAUCCCGGAUCUCCAAUUCCGUGGUGCCCCGUCCCGGUGUGCUCCAUCCCGGGAUGUCCCGUCCCGGUGUGCUCCAUCCCGGGAUGUUCCGUCCCGAUGUGCUCCAUCCCGGGCUCCCCGUGGCGCGCUCCCCGCUCCCGUCACCGCGGCCAUGUGCCCCCCACCAGUUCCAACGGCGGCCCCGUCCCCCUGCGGCGGCCACGCCCCCUGCCGUAGCCAAUGGACGAGCGGGACGUGCGCCCCGCCCACGCUCGCGCCCCAGCCCCUAUAUUAACGGCCAUUGCGGCGCCCCCCUCAGCGCCGCCUCCCGCCUCCUUCGCCCGACUUCGUCUCCCGCUCGCGCCGCUCCCGCCAUGACCGAUGCGGCCGUGUCCUUCGCCAAGGAUUUCCUUGCCGGCGGGGUGGCGGCCGCCAUCUCCAAGACCGCUGUCGCCCCCAUCGAGAGGGUCAAGCUACUGCUGCAGGUGCAGCACGCCAGCAAGCAGAUCUCCGCCGACAAGCAGUACAAGGGCAUCAUCGACUGCGUGGUGCGCAUCCCGCGGGAGCAGGGCAUCCUCUCAUUUUGGCGCGGCAACCUGGCCAAUGUGAUCCGGUACUUCCCCACCCAGGCCCUCAACUUCGCUUUCAAGGAUAAGUACAAACAGAUCUUCCUGGGCGGCGUGGACAAGCGAACCCAGUUCUGGCGGUACUUCGCCGGUAACCUGGCAUCCGGGGGUGCCGCCGGCGCGACCUCCCUCUGCUUCGUCUACCCCCUUGACUUUGCCCGAACCCGCCUGGCAGCGGAUGUGGGUAAAGCCGGGGCCGACCGGGAGUUCAGUGGGCUCGGUGACUGCCUGGUCAAAAUCUUCCGCUCAGAUGGCCUUCGGGGCCUGUACCAGGGCUUCAGUGUCUCUGUCCAGGGCAUCAUCAUCUACAGAGCCGCCUACUUUGGCAUCUACGACACCGCGAAGGGCAUGCUUCCAGACCCAAAGAAUACCCACAUUGUUAUCAGCUGGAUGAUUGCUCAGAGCGUCACUGCUGUCGCUGGUUUGGUCUCCUACCCUUUUGAUACGGUUCGUCGUCGCAUGAUGAUGCAGUCUGGACGGAAAGGAGCUGACAUAAUGUACUCUGGCACUCUUGACUGCUGGCGGAAGAUUGCCCGGGAUGAGGGCUCCAAGGCCUUUUUCAAAGGUGCAUGGUCAAACGUACUCCGAGGAAUGGGUGGUGCUUUUGUCUUAGUCCUGUAUGAUGAAAUCAAGAAGUAUACAUAAGUUGUUUCCUGUUGUGAACUGGCAUGUUGUUCUAUGUAGUCUAUGACUGUUCAUGGACUUGUUUGAAAACCAUCUAGUUACUAAACAGUGGCAGCUGAUGUUUGUACAGGUUGGCAUGGGGCAGGGGUGACUGCUUGCCCUGUCUUUAUCAAACUAUUCCCCCUGAUGGGACUCAUGAUGGUUUCUAUUUCAGUCACUCCUGCUUAAAAAGUACAGAGAAAUAAAAAUCUGAAACCAA